AUGGACGAGAAAGAAGAGACCAACGAGCCUCUCGAUCUUGUGCGCCUCUGCAUUGAUGAGAUUGUCCUUGUCAAACUACGCGGCGAUCGCGAAUUGAAGGGCAGAUUACAUGCCUACGACUCACAUUGCAACCUUGUUCUCGGCGAUGUUGAGGAGACAAUAUUCGUGGCCGAGGAAGAGGAGGACGACCAGGAACCGCGCGUCAGGACGGUGAAGAAGCAGAGCGAGAUGCUGUUUGUGCGAGGCAAGUCAUCAAACCCUACAGAAGGUGUGAUGCAAUACUAA